UUCAUAUCACAUUAUUAACAUUCCCUCCACAUUCUCUUUUCUCUUUACCAAAAAACCCACUUUUUUUUUCUUCAUUAAAAUUUUCAUAAUGUCUAGAAAAAAAUUAUUUCUUUCAAUUCUUCUUCUUUUUUUACUACAUUGCUCAAUUUACCAAAAAUUAUGCCAUGGAAGAAAAACUCAUCAUAUUCAUAAAAAUAAACAUGUUAAAGUUCAUCAUCAUGGUAGUAAUAAUGUUCAUCAUGGUAAACAUAAAAAACCAAAUCCCAAAGAAUUAACCAUAAAUAUGACACAAACAUGGAAUUCAGAACAACAAUUUAUGAAGUGGGUUAAUUUUGUUGGUAGUUUAAAACAUACCCUUUUUAAAACAGCCAAAAAUAAAUUAUUUCCUUCUUAUAGUUUAACUGUUAGUAAAAAUCUUCUUACUGGAGAUUUUACUACUAUACAAGAUGCCAUUGAUUCUCUUCCCGCCAUUAAUUUUGUCAGAGUUAUUAUCAAGGUUAAAGCUGGAACUUACUCGGAGAAGGUGUAUAUACCCCCACUAAAGGCUUUCAUAACCAUAGAAGGAGAAGGAGCAGAUAACACAAUAGUUGAAUGGGGAGAUACAGCAAAAACAAUAGGGCCUAAUGGAAAACCUUUGGGGACAUUCAAUUCAGCUACUUUUGCUGUAAAUUCUCCUUAUUUCAUGGCCAAGAACAUCACCUUCAAGAACACUACCCCAGUACCACAACCAGGAGCAGUAGGUGCGCAAGCAGUGGCAUUUAGAAUAUCAGCAGAUACGGCAGCAUUUGUGGGGUGUAAAUUUUUGGGAGCACAAGACACCCUUUAUGAUCAUGUUGGUAGGCAUUAUUACAAAGAUUGUUACAUCGAGGGAUCCGUUGAUUUCAUCUUUGGCAAUGGUCUCUCUCUUUUUGAGGGAUGUCAUGUGCAUGCAGUAGCAAUAAGAUAUGGAGCACUAACAGCACAAGGAAGAAGCAGCAUGUUAGAUGAUACAGGGUUCUCAUUUGUAAACUGUAAGGUCACGGGAUCAGGAGCUUUAUACCUUGGAAGAGCAUGGGGUCCUUUUUCUAGGGUCAUAUUUGCAUACACCUAUAUGGACAACAUUAUCAUGCCUAAAGGCUGGUAUAAUUGGGGUGACCCUAGCCGUGAAAUGACGGUGUUUUAUGGACAAUACAAAUGCACAGGACCAGGGGCAAGUUAUGCAGGGAGAGUAGCAUGGUCCAGAGAACUUACUGAUGAAGAAGCGGGGCCUUUUAUUUCGCUUAGCUUCAUUGAUGGCUCUGAAUGGAUUACCUUGUAAAUUAUCAAUUAUUUUGAAUCUAUUGACAUAUAUAUAUGGGUUACGUCUCACCGUUA